AUGCUCAGUGUGCUGAUCGUGAGAUGUGCUGGAUUUCUGCGAAGUUAUAAGCGAGUCGGUGCAAGCACCAUUUACACUGAUCUUCUGCUCGAGCUGAAUGACGUGCCUGCCUUUAUAGUCAUCUGCUACACUCUCCUGGUUUCCCUUGACCAUUCUGUAGUAGAACAUAAGAACAUCAGUGCGAUCGCGUUCAUUUCACUCAUUAUUAUGUCUCCGAUCAAACAUGAGAGCAGUUUUGCGCUUCAGGCUUUGUGUAUCAUUCGACAAAUAAUGUACAAGUGA